GCUCCUCGCACUCGAUAUCAUUGUGGUACUGUUGAUCCUCGUGGAGCUGUAGGUGGGUUCCGCCUCUAAACAAAAGAGACACACGUUGAAGAUCGAUCCCUCCUCAUCCACGCCCCGCCUCGGUCAAUUCGUCCUUCCCCCCCCUUCCCCCGCGUUAUGAAGCACCAUGGCCGACCCGAGCAUGUAUAACACUUACGGCCAAGGCUCGGUGCCUGGUGCGACUUCGACGGAUCCCAACCGUACAGCUCAUCAGGUUCCUCCACAAGGCUACCCUGCCGUCGGCGUUCCUCCCGGCCCUUCUCCUCCCCAGCCCGGGGCUAUGUAUGGAGCCCCUCAGCAACAACAAUGGUCUGGAUACGGGGCCCCUCCGCCGACACAGCCUUUGCAACCGCCUCCGGGUCAAUUUGCCCAUCAGACAGAUCCGAUGGCUGCUAGAGGCGUGUCUCCCGACCCUUCGAUGGCUGGUUUAGCAUCUCAAAUGAGUGGGCUGGGCAUAAUGGGAAGUGAUGGAGGGGCUCGGACAUCCAAGAAGAAGCACCGUCAUGCGCAUCACGAUAUCGCAGGAGCUUCAGCUUCAGCUUCGCAGCCCCUCGGCGCAGCCCCUCAAGCUGGUAUGCCAGCAACAUCGCAGUUUCUCAACACCGGGCUGAACCAGGCCCCGCGUCCCAUUUCUCCUGCAGCCAGUAUCCCUGCCCCCGUGAACCCGGCGCUUGGAGGAGGUGCGGGCGCUGUUCCUACGCAGGGCAAGAUUGAUCCAGAGCAGAUUCCAAGUAUCCCUCGGUCGCGAGACAUCCCAGCCCAGUAUUACUUCAACCAUGUGUACCCGACAAUGGAACGACAUCUUCCGCCGCCGGCUGCGGUUCCUUUUGUGGCGCACGACCAGGGCAAUUCCUCCCCAAAGUAUGCCCGUCUUACCCUGAACAAUAUUCCUUCAACAUCCGACUUCCUUUCUUCCACCGCACUGCCCCUGGGCAUGAUCCUGCAACCACUAGCCCGUCUCGACCCCGGCGAGCAACCGAUCCCCGUGUUAGACUUUGGCGAUGCCGGACCGCCCAGAUGCCGCCGGUGCAGAACAUAUAUCAAUCCGUUCAUGUCGUUCCGGUCCGGAGGUAAUAAGUUUGUCUGUAAUAUGUGCACGUUUCCCAACGAUGUAACGGCAGAUUAUUUCGCGCCGAUCGAUCCCUCUGGGGCUCGCGUUGAUCGCAUGCAGCGGCCGGAAUUGAUGAUGGGAACAGUCGAGUUCUUGGUUCCUAAGGACUACUGGAAUAAGGAGCCGGUCGGUCUGCAAUGGCUCUUCUUGAUCGAUGUCAGCGUGGAGUCAGUGAACCGAGGCUUUUUGAAGGGCGUAUGCAAGGGCAUAAUGGAGGCUUUGUACAGCAAGGAGUCUUCCGAGAACCCUGAAGAUGAGUCUACAGCCCGAAGCAUCCCUGAAGGCGCCAAAGUCGGUAUCAUCACUUACGACAAGGAAGUCCACUUUUACAAUCUCAGCGCACAACUCGACCAAGCUCAAAUGAUGGUAAUGACGGAUCUCGAAGAGCCUUUUGUUCCCCUUAGCGAGGGCCUGUUUGUGGAUCCAUAUGAAUCCAAGAACGUCAUUACCUCUCUGUUGCAGCGAAUCCCUACAAUCUUCUCCCGUGUCAAGAAUCCGCAACCAGCGUUGCUUCCUGCCUUGAAUGCCGCCCUCUCUGCCUUAAGACCGACUGGUGGUAAGAUCAUUGGUACAAUUGCCAGCCUACCUACUUGGGGCCCUGGAGCUCUCUCACUUCGCGAUGAUCCCAAGGUACAUGGAACCGACGGCGAGAGAAAGCUGUUUACGACGGACCAUACGGGCUGGAGAGAAACUGCAGGCCAUCUGGCUGAGGCUGGCGUUGGUGUCGAUAUGUUCAUCGCCGCGCCGAGCGGCACAUAUAUGGAUGUAGCGACGAUCGGCCAUGUUCCCGAGGUGACGGGCGGAGAAACGUUCUUCUAUCCCAACUUCCAUGCGCCCCGUGAUAUUCGUAAGCUGUCUCAAGAAUUGGCCCAUGCGGUCACACGCGAGACGGGCUACCAAGCUCUAAUGAAGGUCCGGUGCUCCAACGGUCUUCAGGUGUCCGGAUAUCAUGGCAACUUCGUGCAACACACGUUUGGUGCCGACCUCGAGAUUGGAGCUAUUGAUGCAGACAAGGCUAUUGGAGUCAGCUUCAGCUACGAUGGCAAGCUCAACCCCAAGCUAGACGCUCAUUUCCAGGCGGCUCUGUUGUACACCUCGGCCAAUGGUCAGCGCCGGGUACGGUGUAUAAACACUGUAGCAGCAGUCAACGAGGGCGGUCUGGAAACUAUGAAAUUUGUCGAUCAGGAUGCAGUGGUUAGCAUGUUGGCCAAAGAAGCGGCCUCGAAAACGGUGGACAAGCCCCUCAAAGAUAUUCGAGCCAGCAUCACAGAGAAGAGCGUGGACAUCUUCAGCGGAUACCGCAAGAUCUUCUCCGGCUCGCAUCCUCCGGGUCAGCUGGUACUGCCGGAGAAUCUGAAGGAAUUCUCGAUGUACAUGCUCAGUCUCCUCAAGUCACGCGCUCUGAAAGGGGGCCAGGAAGCGUCUGAUCGACGGAUCCACGACAUGCGAAUGCUCCGCUCCAUCGGCUGCACGGAACUGUCGCUGUAUCUGUAUCCCCGCAUUAUCCCUAUCCACAACAUGCAACCCACGGAUGGUUUCCCCAACGAACAAGGUCAGCUGCAGGUGCCCCCCUCACUGCGGGCCAGCUUCUCGAAGAUCGAGGAGGGCGGGGUGUACCUGGUGGACAACGGCCAGCAGUGUUUGCUGUGGCUGCAUUCGCAGGUGUCACCCAAUCUCCUGGAAGAUCUUUUCGGUGAGGGUCAGAACUCCCUGCAAGGGCUGAGCCCUCAAACGUCGACGAUUCCCGUGCUGGAAACGCACCUGAAUGCGCAAGUGCGGAAUCUGCUCCAGUACCUUUCGACGAUUCGGGGCUCUAAGGCGGUCACCAUUCAAUUGGCCCGCCAAGGGCUCGACGGCGCGGAAUACGAGUUUGCUCGCAUGCUGGUCGAAGACCGCAACAACGAGGCGCAAAGCUACGUAGACUGGCUGGUGCACAUCCACCGGCAAAUCAAUUUAGAGCUGGCGGGGCAACGCAAACGCGACGAUGUGGUGGGAGAGGGGGGAUUGACCAGUUUGGCGGGCUUACGAGCACCCUAUUGGUGAAGAGACGGAGGUAGUAUCUACGACCCGAUGAGGCAUUUGCAACUAUCCAUGUCCGACACAGAAGAGGGGAAAUGUCAUUUUUUGG